UUUACUAUUGCUCAAGUUUUUUUUUCCUCUUUUGUGAUCCAGGAUUUCAAAUUUCUUUCAAUUUUUGCCAGCAUCAGUGUCCACAAUAACUUAAAUACUAAAUUGUAUUAGCUUUCAAGAAAUGAAUUCGUCGAGGCUUCUGUUUCAAAAUGUCACGCAUUCGUGGCGCUGUGGUUUGGGAACGCUCACGGGGAGAUCCUCUGUUUUGGAACCAAGUGCUUCUUUCUCGACGGGAACAUCCGCCAGAUCUGUUGCCUCUCCUGCUACUGCUCCGGAAUUGAAUCCCGAGUACCCGAUUGCUCGGUACGGCGGUCGCCACGCAGUAACAAUGUUGCCGGGUGCUGGGAUCGGUCCCGAAAUGAUGAAACACGUUCGAGACAUUUUCCACUUUACCGGCAUACCCGUAGACUUUGAAGUUGUCGACACGGAUCCGACGAUGGUCGACGCCAAGCAGAUGGACAGCAUCAUCACGUCGGUGAAGCGAAACGGCGUCGCCAUCAAGGGAAACAUCGAGGCGAAAUUCCCGCUUCCCGGGCAAAUCUCGCGCAAUGUGAUGAUCCGCAACGAACUCGACUUGUUUAUGAACACGAUCCACGCGAAAUCCUGGCCCGCGAUUUCCAAUCGGUUCCCCAACAUCGACAUCCUGAUCGUCAGACAGAAUUUGGAAGGGGAAUACUCGAUGAAGGAGCAUGAAAACGUGCCUGGGGUCAUUGAGAGUCUCAAGAUCAUCACUCGGCCGAAUUCGGAACGCCUGGCCCGAUUUGCGUAUCGCUACGCCAUUAAUGAUCAGCGGCGGAAAGUAACGAUCGUGCACAAGGCGAAUAUCAUGAAGCUGUCGGACGGGUUGUUUUUGGAGACGUGUCGGAGAAUCGGAGAAGAAUUCGCGGAUCGAAUUACGACCCAAGACAUGAUCAUCGAUAAUUGUUGCAUGCAGCUGGCUUCGAGGCCGACUCAGUUUGAUGUUAUGUUGAUGCCGAAUCUCUACGGAACUAUCAUUACGAACGUCGUGUGUGGGCUGAUUGGUGGAGCCGGGUUGAUUUCUGGUUGCAAUUACUCUAGUCGUGGGGUAAGUUUUAUUUUUUUUUAAAUAAUUUUUGAACAGCUUUUAUGACUGGCUUUGUCGAAAAAGUGUCACCGGAAUCAGUACUGUGCAGUAAUUUGAAAGAGGCGAAAGAAGCUUAAUAUUUUGAGUCGAAUCUAUGAGGCUUCGUCAAGAGCCCUUCGAUUGUACUUAUGCCUAUUAUCUGAAUCUUCUGGAACACUUUCCGUCGAAAUCUGCUCUUGAAUUUAAAGGGAAUAAUGAUCUAAUGUAAUAUAUCCUUUCUUCUUGUACUGUGGAACCUUGAACAAUGAAUUUAAUUCGUUCCAGUGAUUGGUUUGUUGCUCAAGGUAUUCUUCAUGUAAGGCACACAUUCAAUUGAUUCCAGGUCCAAAAAUCAUUAAGGCUGAGUAAUAAAAUGAGCAUGAAAAUCAAUGAAAAAUAACGAGUUUCAGAUGAAAAUGAUUAUAAAAACGUGCGAAGUAUAAGUACAAAGGAAACUCAAAUUACCACAUGAUUUUUAUUUUCCUUCGAAUGAAAUAGCUUCAUUCCGAUUUUUGUUCCCCAUGCAAAAAUAUACUGUCAUGAAAUCUGAAAAAAAUACAAAUUACUGUAUAGCUUUUUUAAAGGAAUUUUUAAACAUUUUUGUUACUGUACUCUAGGUUUGUUCCUCGGCUGGAUUUCUUUGCUCAAGGACCCUCUGUAAUGUUCAGUAAAUGACAGUAGUCGAAUUUUAGAUGCUCUCAAACGUGAAACGGAGUCUGAUCUUUCAGGGGAAAAUAUUGCGAGAAAGUGGUUUAAAAUUUGAGUAGAUGCCCUAAUUUGGGCUGACUGAGCAUGAACUUGAUUCUAUUUGUUGAAAUACGGUUUGACGGAAUUCACUCCGCACCUCUGUAGUAAUGAGGAUAAUCUAAUCUCGUAUUUUAGGACGUCGACCCGAAUGAAAAAUCUUUCCAUAACACAGUACAGUACUGUAGUGUAUUUCAGUAGUAAAUAAAUUAAUUUUUGGUAGAUGUCGCUGGUGAUAUCAAUUCUAAUCUAAUCUCCAGCUGUCUUCUAUCUGUACUGGGUCUCUUCGAAUUUUUUUUUUCGCGGCUACUGCGUGAGCUCAAACAUUGCUGUGUAAGCAUUCAAAUAUUGAUUUAGUAACGUGUACAUUUUCUUUCGCAAAAUUUGCCCUUGUUUUUCUUCCAGUAACGUAUGUUCCAGUCUUCUGGAUUCUCUUCGAAACUUUUUGACUUUUUACUUGCUAUUCUAAUUUUUUUUCAAUUCUUUUUUUUCCCUCACAAAAUAUGAAGAACAGGAAGUACAGUACUGAGUAUUCCACUGCACAUUGACUUUUUGGACGCCCGGAUCGUAUAUUUUCAAUUUAAUUUUUACGCGCUUCAGAAAAAGAUGGAAUUAACAUUCUGACCGAUGUAUUUGUUUCAGUAUGCCUUGUUUGAACCCGGAACGCGAAAUACUGGAACAGCGUUGGCCGGGAAGAACGUUGCCAACCCGAUUUCCAUGGUCAAUGCCUCCAUUGACAUGUUGGAUCACCUUGGAUUGCGCCAUUACGCCGCAAUCCUGAGGAUUGCUAUUCAAAAAACUAUUACGUCGGAUAAAAUCAUGACGAAAGAUAUUGGAGGCUCGAACUCAACUACGGACGUGAUUGACUGUAUUAAGAAGCGUAUUGAACAAGAGGCUAAGAUCCAUGAUUGGUCAGAACCGGAGAAACCCAAAGUCAGGCCUGCUGCCGAAAAGAGACCGUAUCAAGUUUAAGUCGUGUAAAACCCUGCUCAUUUUUCUUGACUUUUCCGUUCCAAAUCUGAAAUCGCAUGUUCCCAGUGUUGUCAGUGUAGCGGCAUGGAAACGAUUUUCGUUCCUGUUCGGUUUUGGGUGGGGUUUGUCCCCUGUCCGCUCGUCUUCCUGAGAUCCGGUUUCUGAUGUGAUGACCCGAAGUUCAUCAAUGGAAGUGAUCGUGGCCUCGAAUACCAUGUUGGAAAUGCAAAAUUUGUGUUUGUUUCACAUUGACAGGGUUGGUUUUUGAUACGUGGUGCGAACUGUUACCAUGCCCCUGUAGGAAGGAAAAUGAUUUGUGGAUUUUAUUUUCCUUCUUCCACUUCUUCUGAACCUUUUUUGUCUUUGUCUAUCUUGCUCCUGAUGGCGAUAGAAAUUUAGUCCCAAAAGAAGAAUGUGAUCUGUGCGCCAUAAUCUUCGUAAGAAGGACGCUUUGAGUGUUUUAGUGGACAUAGAAAUUAUCAGUGAUGUUAUGAUGAACGGUUCAAGUUUUUGAUCGCCUCGAAGAUCUGCUCCUGCUUGUGGCUGAAGAAUGAACGGUUCUCUCCUUUGUGCA